AUGAAAGAUGUGAAUAGAUGUAAGAUACCCAUAACACUAAAAUACUAAGGUAUUUAUUAUUUCUAACAAUAGAUCUAUAAAAAAACUACUAAAAGUGUUAGAUUAAAGAAAAAAAAAUAGCCUUAUUUAACUUGGAUCAAGAUAAUCAUUAUAUAAUCGCUAUCUAUGGUAAAAUAGAUAAUAUAAAUAGGUUCAGAUAGAUCAAGGAGUUUAAUCCGAUAAAUUUCUAUAAUUGGAUGA